AUGAAGAUUGAAAUCCUUCUCCUUGGUUUGGCCGCCAGUGUCGCCGCCGCACUCCCUGCCCGAAACCAAACCGGUACCCUUUCCAGCUUUGCAAGGAAUUCGACCCACACAUCGCCCAACGCCGUCUCCGCACAAGACUGCAAGUCCUCCACCCUUCGAUGGUGGCGAGAUCCCCAAGGAGCGGGAGAUUACAACAGUCUCCUCAGUUUCACGUUAGUCGGCAACUACUACAGGGGCGCCAUUCUCCCUCACGAGGACCCUAUGCGCCGUACUAGAUAUUGUUCGGGGGACGGAAUGUUCUGUGUGACGCAUGGUUUUGGACCCGUGGAAAUGGAUGUCAUCCUCGAGUUUGGCAACCGCAAGUACUAUUAUAAAGAUCCCAGCUACGUCCAUAAACUUCAAAUUGGGUAUGCAGAUUGGGACGUGGAGUACUGGGAUUGUGUUGCUUAUUGA